CACACACACACACACACACACAGACACACACAGACACACACAGACAGCACCAUCAGAUCGUUCAGAUUCCGUCACGUCUUUGGAUCUCUCACUGUGUCUGAGGUUCUGCAGCUGAAGCCAAUCAGGAUGGAGGGUGAGGAGGAUGGGGCGGGGCGAGUCAGGGAGCUGCAGGAGCAGAGGAUGGCGGUCCAGAAGAAAACCUUCACCAAGUGGAUGAACAGCGUCUUCUCCAAGAACGGGGAGAAGGUGGAGCUGACGGAUGUUUACACGGAGCUGAAGACUGGAGUGGUUCUGAUCCGUCUGCUGGAGCUCAUCUCCGAAGCGACGCUGCCUCCACCCAGCCGCCGCAAGCUCAGAGUCCACUGCCUGGAGAACAACAGCAUCGCCAUCGGCUUCCUCAAAACCAAGAUUCGGGUGGAUCUGAUUGGUCCAGAGAAUGUGGUGGACGGGGACCGUACGCUGAUCCUGGGUCUGCUGUGGAUCAUCAUCCUCCGGUUCCAGAUCGGACCCAUCAACCUGGAGGAGGGGGGUGAGGGCAGUGUUGCUCAUCGCUCAGCGAAGGAGGCUUUGCUGAUCUGGUGUCAGAGGAAGACGGCAGGUUAUCACGGUGUUGAUGUGCAGGACUUCUCGUCCAGCUGGAGGGACGGACUCGCCUUCAACGCCCUCAUCCACGCACACCGGCCUGACCUUUUCGACUACCGCCGCCUCCACGGUGACGACGCCGUUCGUAACCUGCAGCACGCCUUCAGCCUGGCUGAGCGGGAGUUCGGCAUCAUGCAGCUGCUGGAGGUGGAGGACAUGGUCGUCCCCCGUCCGGACGAGAAGUCCAUCAUGACCUACGUGUCUCUGUACUACCACUACUUCUCCAAGAUGAAGCAGGGCCAGACCAUCCAGAAGAGACUGACCAAGAUAGUCGGGAUGCUGACGGAGCUGGACGGCAUGAAGGUCCAGUACGAGAGGCUGGUCUCAGAUCUGCUUCACUGGAUCAAGACCAAGGUGGUGCAGCUGAACGACAGACGGUUCCCGAACUCAGUGAAGGAGAUGCAGAAGCUGAUGAUGACUUUCAAGACCUACAGAACUGUGGAGAAACCUCCCAAAUACCAGGAGCGCGGAGCGAUCGAAGCUCACCUGUUCAGUCUGAAGACUCAGCUGGCAGCCAACAACCAGUGGGCCUACAAUCCUCCAGAGGGUAAAACCCUGAGCGACAUCGAGAAGAGUUGGGUUUUGCUGGAGAGAGCUGAGCAUGAGCGAGAGCGAGCCCUGCAGGAGGCGCUGCUUCGCCUGGAGAGCCUGGAGCAGCUCGCCCAGAAGUUUGGGAGGAAGGCGGCGCUGAGGGACGGGUACCUGGAGGACACGCUGCGUCUCAUCCGGAGGCAGGACAUCCGAGCUCUCUCCACCCUGGAGGAGGCUCAGGCGGCCGGCCGGCGUCUGGAAGCCCUCGCCACCGACGCUCAUGCCCGAGAGCCUCGUUUCACCGCUCUGAGAGACAUGGCCAAGAGCAUCGAGAGAGGAAACUACCACAGCAAGGAGCAGAUCAUCAGGAGGGAGGAGAGCAUCAGUCAUCGGUGGAAGGACCUGCUGCAGCAGCUCCAAGAGCAGAAGGUGCUGCUGGGAAAUGUAGUUGAAAAUCUGAGCGUCCUCAGAGACGUGGAGCUCGUCUCCCAGGAGCUGAAGGAGCUGCAGUCCCAGGCCAGUUCGUCUGAGCUGGGCAAACAGCUGGCUGAGGUGGAGUCUCUCCUCCAGAAGCAGGACCUGCUGGAGGCUCAGAUCUCAGCUCACGGUGAAACCAUCAGCUCCAUCAGCAGCAGAGCACUGAAGGUGAAGGUGAGAGAUGGUCAGCAGAUCCAGAGCAGAGUGAGAGCUCUCGACACUCAGUACAAAUCUCUGGUGUCUCUCAGCAGCAGCAGGAGGAGACAGUUGGAGGCUCAGUUGAGGUUGUUUGAGUUCUUCUACGACUGUGAGGAGUUGGAGGCGUGGCUGUAUGAGCGCUGGCUGAGGCUGCAGACCGCCGGACUGGGACGAGACCUGAACCACAUCCAGCUGAGUCAGCACAAACACAAGGUUCUGGAGGCGGAGCUUCAGGCCCAGGAGUCUCUGUAUCAGGGGGUUCUGGCUCGAGGUCAGGACCUGCUGUCCAAACAGAGUCCGGUCAGCCAGCGAGCCAUCCAGAAGUGGAUCAAGACCCUGAGGAAGCAGUGGAGUCACAUGACCGAGGAGGCGACAGGGCGCCGCGACAGACUGCAGGCCGCCGCCGCCAUCAAACAGUACUUUGCAGAUGUGGCGGAGGCCAACUCCUGGCUGGGCGACAGGAAACCGCUGCUGACCAGCGAGGAUCAUGGGAAGGACGAGUCGAGCACGGCGGCAUUGCUGCAGCGCCACCUGCGGUUGGAGAAGGAGAUGGCGGCCUACGGCUCGGAGAUAAAGAGGCUCUCGGAGCAGGCGAGGAGCGCGGCGCAGCUGACGGCGCUGACGGUGCUGACGGCGGAGCCUCAGCAGAGUAAGAUGAUCCAAUACAGUGACUCCUCUGAUGAGGAGGAGGGGCCAGGAGCCAUGACGCCAUCGCCUGGCGCCAGCAGUGGGAGGAGCUCUGGGAGCUCUCAGAGUGACGACAGCAGGGCCAAGGUCCGCUUCAGAUACAGCCGAGGUCAGGUUCCGUGGGAUCGCGGUGAGAUUGUGACGAUCAUCAGCACCGAGCUGGAUGGAGAGCGAGUUCUGGCCAGAGACGGUCGAGGAAACCAGCAGCUGAUCCCCAAAACCUUCCUGUCGCUGCUGCCAGCCGCGGCUCCUCCCCCCGCCCCCCCCUCCACCAAUAGUGUGGCAGGAAGCCCGAGCGGGAAGUUGAGUCGUCCGAGGCGAAGCCGCUCGAUGCGUCGCGGCACGGCUGAGAUCCAGACAACAUGGCUGCCAGAUCCUCAGUACCAGAGAGACACCGUGGAGAGCACGCGGGCCAGUCUGGACCAGGACUACAACUCCCUGUACAACCUGGUCAAGUCGAAGACGAGGACUCUGGAGGAGACGCUGCGUCUCCAUCGAUUCUACAACAGCUGUCAGGAGUUCGAGUCGUGGAUGGAGGACAAGGAGAACGUCCUGAACACCUUCAGCACCGACGCCGACAACCUGGGAGUCGUUCAGGCCAAAUACGAGAACUUCCUGACUGAGUUGGCAAGUGGGCGUGGCCAGUUGGAUGACAUCAUCAAAAUGGCGGAGGAGCUGGUGAAGAGCCGGCACAGUAAACAGAGAGAGAUCCUGGCCCGACAGAAGAGAGUUACCAGCAGGUGGGAUCGGAUCCAGCAGCUGAAGGAUGAGAAGGCGCACGAGCUGCUGAGCACAGCGGACGUUCAGUCCUUCCUGCAGAGCUGCGAGGAGGCCAAAGCUCAGCUGCAGGAUCAGCUGACCCGGCUCGACACCGUGGACGUGGGCUGCAGCUCCUUCACCCUGCGGGCCGAGGAGAAGAACCAGGCUCAGGCCCUCCGAGACAUCCAGGCCCUGGAGGGAAAGAUCGCCUACCUGAAGAGCGUCGCCAAGAUGAAGAAGGACAUCAGUCCAGCAGAGAGCGCCGCCAUCACAGAGGAGGUCCGAGGUCUGGAGGCUCUGCUGAGUCAGCUGAAGCGCCAGGCGGCCGACAGACAGAACCUCCUGGAGGAGGCCCGCAGGCUGCAGAGCUUCCAGCAGCAGGCCAAGGAGCUGCAGCGCUGGGCCGGCUCGGUCCAGGAUCGCCUCCUGCAGGAGGAGACGGUGACCGACGUGGCCUCGGCCCUGGCUCUGCUGGAGCAACACCAGGAGCUCCGGCUGGAGAUGGAGGAGCAGAGGAGCAGGCUGAAGGAGAUGCAGACGCUGGCGAAGGCUCUUCUGAAGGGCUCAGCUGACGGGAAGAUGGGAAGUGUUGACAUCCAACAAACCCUGGACGCCCUCACGGCGGACUGGUCCAACCUCGACAAGAUGUGGACCAGCAGGAAGGAGCGGCUGGAGCAGGAGGUGGAGCUUCAGAGGCUGAACCAGGAAGGAGACCGGAUCGAGGCGGCGCUGAGUGGACACGAAGCCCGACUGAGAGUCAAAGAUGUCGGGGACUCGGUGGACGGUGUCCACAGUCUGCUGGGCCGGCAGGAGGAGCUGGAAGGUCUCCUGAAGGCUUUGGACCAACAAGUGGAUCAUUUCACUCAGCGCAGUCAGGAGCUCAUCAACCAGCAGCACUACGCUGCCAAACACAUCAAGGAUCGGAGCAGGAGCAUCAAGACGGCCAACAGGAAGUUAAAGGAGAGCAGCAGGCAGAGGAGGAGUCUGCUGCUGGCCUCAAAGAAAUAUCAGGAGUUCCAGAGAGAUUCAGACGAGCUGCUGCUGUGGAUGGAGGAGAAGUUUAAGGUGGCGGAGGACGAGUCGUACCGCGACCCCACCAACAUCCUGCGCAAGCUGAAGAGACACGAGGCGGCUGAGAGGGAGAUGCAGGCGAACCAGGUCUGGCUGGACAGACUGGUUCAGCUGGGGCGGGAGAUGCUUGCUGAAGAGCACUACAACAGUAAGAGCAUCGAGAGGAAGUCGACCCAGCUCAGCGGCCGCUGGAGGAAACUCCAGGACAAGAUGGCCGACAGAGGAGACAAACUGAGACAGGCGGGUCAGCAGGAGCAGCUGAUGGAGCUGCUGCAGGACGCCAAGCUGAAGAUCGAGGCCAUCCAGUGGAUGCUGAACAAUGCUGCCAAGGGUCACGACCUGCGCUCCAGCCGACAGCUCCUGAAGGAGCAUCAGCAGCUGGAGCAGGAGGCCAAGGAGCUGGCGGAGAAGAUCAACUCCAUCGUCAGCAGGGCCAAACAUCUCGCCUCCAAUCACUUCGACUCCCAGAGGAUCCUCCAGGAGACCGACACCUACCUGACGCUGUUCAAGUCUCUCCAGAAGCCUCUGGACCGGCGUCGAGCUCAGCUGGAGGCGUCGGUGCUGCUGUUUGGGUUUUUUCACGACGUGGACCUGGAGCUCAGCUGGAUCUCUGAACACAUUCCUGCUUCUGGAUCGACGGGAUACGACAAGUCUCUGGCCGGAGCCAUCAGCCUCAUGCAGAAACACAAGGAGCUGCAGGCUGAAGUGACCGCCCACCAAAAACACCUGAACACUGUCCUGGAGAAGGGGCGGAGCCUGACAAAAUCCAGCAAAUCAGACGGAGAGGAAGUUCUGCAGAGGUGCAGGCACCUGAGUGCAGAGUGGGAGGAGCUAGAAGAGGCCUGCACCAGGAGGGCAGCUCACCUGAGCAAAGCCAUCACCAGAGAGCAGCUGCUGCUCGACUGCUCAGAACUGGAGUCCAGGCUGACCGAGACCCUCAGCCUGGUGAGCAUCGACGAUUAUGGCAAAGACGAGUUGGCCACUCAGAGUCUCAUCACCAAGCACCAGGUGGUGGAGGGCCAGCUGGAUGUGCUGGAGGUGGAGGUGGAGCAGUUAGGUGACCAGGUGGAGCAGGCGGUUCAGAACUGGAGCCUGGAGGAGCUGAGCCGGCCCUACAGUCGCCUCAGCAGUCUGAAGCAGGAGCUGCAGCACCAGGCUGCUCUCAGGGGUCAGAGGUUAAAGGAGGUCCUCCAUCUCCACGAGUUCAGACGGGAGUCGUCAGACUUGGAGGACUGGAUGAACCAACAGAGACAGACAGCAGAGUCUCAGGAGCUGGGCAACGACUACCAGCAUGUUCAGCUGCUGCGUGGGAAGUUUGAAGGUUUCCUGAAGCAGCUGGAAGUCGGAGAGGAGAGACUGCAGAGCUGCAGCGACCUCGCAGCUCGCCUGGUCCGCAACAAACACCCACAGAGCUCAGCCGUCAGAGAGACGCUGCAGCUGCUCAGUGCAUGCUGGGAGGAUUUGAAGGGCGUGGCCAAGGAGCGUCAGGAUCAGCUGCAGAGAGCCGAGGAAUGUCACCGCUUUUACCGAGACCUGACCGACGCGCUAACCCUCAUCAAGGAGCGACAGAAGAGCAUCCCUGAUGACGUGGCGAAGGAUUUGCAAGGAGUGAUGUCACAGCUGAGGAAACAUGAAGCUCUGCUCCACGAGCUGGCGACCACGGAGCAACAGUUGCAGGAGCAGCUGGACGCCGUCGACUCCAUCCUGCACCUCUGCUCUCCUCAGCUGAAGCUCCGUCUGGAGGAGGUGCAGCAGGAAGUGGUGGAGCGGUGGGAGGAGCUCCGACGCCACGCAGAGAAGAGGGAGGAGGAGCUAAAACUGGCGUGCCAGAGAUACCUGUUCCUCAACACGGCGCAGGACUACUUCCUGUGGUGCAGCCAGCUGAUUGGUGCGAUGGCUGCCGAGGAGAGCAUCAGCGACGUGGCGACGGCCGACCUCCAGCUGGCGCAGCACCAGCAGCUGUGGGCUGAGAUGGAGGCCAGACAGGAGACGCACCGGCAGGCCGUGGACAUGGGACAGGAGCUGCAGACGCAGGACAGGGCCAACAGGAAGGAGGUGUCGGAGAAGCUGAAGGCGCUGCAGGCGGAGCGACACAAGCUGGAGCAGCAGUGGACCAAGAAGCAGCGCUGGCUGGAAACUGUUCACCUGGAGCAGGUGUUCUACAGAGACGCCAACAGCAUGGACAAGACGUCCAGCUCACAGGAGAUCCUGUUGCAGAACAGCACUCUGGGAGACACAGUGGACGAGACGGAGGGUUUGAUCAAACGCCACGAAGCCUUUGAGAAGCUGCUCAGCUCGCAGGAGGAGAAGCUGUCGUCUCUGAAGGAUUUGUCCGAGCGCCUGAAGAAGCAGCUGAGCAGAGAGAAGAGCGGCUGGGUCCAAACCAAACUCCGAACGCUCAUCCAGAGACGUGACAGGAUCAAGGAGCUGUCCGUCAAACGCAGGGAGGAGCUGGAGCUCUCCAGGAUGCUGUGUGUCUUCAACAGAGAUGUCGGAGCGGCGGAGGAGUGGGUGUCUGAGCGGAUGCAGAAGAUGGCGGAGGAUGGUAAAGCCGACCUCAGUAACCUGCACGCCAAGAUGAAGCUCCUGCAGAAGCAUCAGGUGUUUGAGGCUGAGAUCCUGGCGCACAGCGAGAUCAUCAGCUCCGUCCUGCAGGCCGGGAAGGAGCUGGUCUCCCUCCACCACCUGAGGUCCAAGGAGGUGAAGAGGAGCGCAGCCGCCCUGGAGCUCCACUGGGAGGAGCUGAAGACGGCCAUGGCCACCCGGGGGAAAGCUCUGGAAGACAACAGAGACUUCCUGGAGUUCCUGCAGAAAGUGGAGGAAGUGGAGGCCUGGAUCAGACAGAAGGAGGUGAUGAUCAACGUUGGAGACGUCGGGGAGGAUUACGAACACGGAGUUCAGCUGCUGAAGAAACUCAGCGAGUUCAGAGGGACAGGAGACGGGGACAAGACAGUGGACGACGCUCACAUCACUGCCAUCAACAGGCUGGCAGCCAAACUGGAGAUGAGACAGAGCGCUCAGGAGCUGGUGACCGUCCGCCAGAGGAGACAGCAGCUCAACGACAGGUGGAGCAAGUUUCACGGAGAUCUGAACAAUUACAAGAAGAAGCUGGAGGGGGCGCUGGUGAUCCACGGCCUGAUCAGAGAGCUGGAGGAGGUCCGAGACCGAGCCAACGAGAAGAUGAUGCUGCUGCAGGGUCAGGACUGCGGGUUCGACGUGGACAGCGUGGAGAACCUGAUCAGACGCUACGAGGAGACCGAGAGGGAGGCCGGCGUCAUCCAGGAGAGGGGAAAGGCUCUGGAGAAGGAGGUGUCGGAUCACCUGAGGACUCGGUCGGGGAUGAACGACAAGCUGAAAAACAAACAGAAGGAGGUCCAGAAAACUCUGAAGACUCUGGACAAGGAGGUGAAACUCAGGAAGGAGAAUCUGCAGGAGGCUCACCAGCUGCAGCUGUUCAAAGCCAACCAGCGCCUCCUGCUGGAGUGGAGCGUCAAGCAGAGCGCUGAGAUGGCAGAGAAAGGACUUCCGAAGACCAGAACCGAGGCGGACCGGCUCAUCGUCGAGCAUCAGGACUGGAAGACGGAGAUCGACGCCCGCGCCGAGCGCACCGACUCUGUCCAGGACUUCGGCCUGAGUUUGAUCCGGUCUGCUCACAGUUCGAAGGCAGAGAUCCAGAAAGCCCUGAACCAGCUGGAGGAGGCCAAAUCCAGCCUGGACCGAGCCUGGGUGAACCGCAGCAGGACCCUGGAGCAGGCCCGGACCCUGCAGGUCUUCCUGGCCUCUGUGGAGCAGUGUGAGAGCUGGCUCAGCAACAAGGAGGCCUUCCUGUCCAACCAGGACCCGGGGAACUCGGUGACGGAGGUGGAGACUCUGCAGAGGAAGCAGGCCCAGUUUGAGGAGGCUCUGGAGGCUCAGGUGAAGCAGCUGGACGAGGUGGACAAACUGGGACAGACGAUGAUCCAACAGAACCACUACGACUCUGACAACAUCAGAGCCAAGAGCAGAGGGCUCGCUACCAGGCUGAGUCAGCUGCAGCAGCAGAGCAGAUCUCGUCACAAAGCUCUGGAUCGGUCGCUGCAGCUGCAGCAGUUCCUGUCCAGCAGCUUCCAGGUGUGUGUGUGGCUGAACGAGCGUAACGCCGUGGCGUUGGAUGAGAGCUGGAGGGAACCAACCAACCUUCAGGCCAAAGUGCUGAAACAUCAGAGCUUCGAGUCCGAGAUCCUCGCCAACCGCUACAGAGUGGACGCCGCCACCAAGGAAGGAGAGAAGCUGCUGUCCGACUCGCCUUCAGUGGAAGUGAAGGUUCGACCUCGACUCAGAGAGCUGACGGACAGCUGGGACGCUCUGAUCCACAACUGUAAGGAGAAGAAGACCCGACUGCAGGAGGCCUACCAGGCGCUGCAGUUCCAGCGCUCAUUGGACGACAUGGAGCAGUGUGUGGCGUCCGUGGAGAGCGAACUGGCCAAUGAGGACUGUGGAAGCGACCUGCCGUCUGUCAACAGGCUGCUGAAGGCUCUGCAGGGUCUGGAGGAGGAGAUGGACGGACACAGAGACAGGAUCCAGGGUCUGGUGGAAACGGCGAAGAGCUUCCACUCUCAGGGGAACUUCCUGGCCGAGGAGAUCCAGAUCAGAGUGGCUCACACCAUCAACAGGUACAACAGUCUGGCGAAGCCCCUGCAGAGUCGGAGGGAAACCCUGGAGGCCUGGCAGGUUCUGUUCCAGUUCUACAGAGACCUGGAGGAGGAGGCGGCCUGGCUGAGCGACAGACUGCCCUCCAUCACUGCUAAAGACCUGGGCAGCUCUCCGAGCGGCAGCCAGCAGCUGCUGCACAAACACCAGGCUAUGAUGCAGGAGAUCUCAAGCCGCGCCCCAUUGGUCCAGGCGGUUCAGGAGGCGGGGCAUAGUCUGGUCAGAGGGCGUCACUUCGCGUCUCAUGACAUCACGGAGCGUCUGGAGGAGUUGAAGCGUCUCCACGAGGAGCUGAUGACGGAGGCGGAGAAGAAGGAGAAGCUCCUGCAGGAGGCGCUCCGCAUCCACACCUUCCUCAGUGAGGUGUCCGAGCUGCAGCUGUGGUCGGAGGAGCAGCGGGCCGGUUUGGAGUCACGGGACUGUGGGAGGAGCGAGGAGGCGACGGAGGCUCUGCUGAGGAGGCUGGACUCUGUGGACGUGGAGCUGGAGAACCAGAGGAAGACGGUGGAGAGGCUGCGGGAGGGCGGAGCCUCACUGCAGCACCUCGGACAUCCCAACAGCCACCUGGUCACUGAGAUCCUCCCUGACAUCCUCCAACACUUUGACGCUCUCCUCCGCCUCUCCUCCGCCCGCCGCACGGCUCUGGAAGACCAGCUCCGCCUCUACGUGUUUGAGAGGGAAGCGAAAGAACUACAAACAUGGCUGACGUCAAAGAAGGCUGUGGUGGAGUCCAAGGACUGUGGUCAAGACCUGGAGGAUGUAGAGGUCCUUCAGAAGAAGUUGGAGGUUCUGGUUUCAGAGAUGUCCGGUCUGGGUCGGAGCCGGCUCACCUCAGUGCAGCAGCUGGGCCGAGGACUGAAGCAGGACGGGAAGGCCCUGAGGAGGGACGAGGCCCUCAGCAGGCUGUGGGACGACCUGAACAGCAGCAUCAGGACCAGAGAACAGAGUCUGCAGUCGGCGAGGGAGGUCCAUCAGUUCAAUCACGAUGUGGACGAGCUGAAGGGUUGGAUGGCCGAGAAGGAGGCUGUGCUGGACUCAGAGGACCAGGACCUGAACUCCAUCCAGACUCUGCUGAGACAGCACGAAGCGCUCGAGAGGGACCUGGUUCUGAUCUCAGAGGAGGUGACCAGGAGCAGAGAGGAGGGCCGGGCUCUGAGCAGACGGCAGCCUCAGGCCAGAACCGCUGUGAGUCAGAGGCUGGAGGAGCUGGAGGCCUGCUGGUCCAGCAUCCAGAACAAGGCCUCCCAACGCCGCGUCAGGCUGGGCCAGGCUGAAGACGUGCAGAAAUACUUAUCCCACUGGACCGAACUCAUGGCCUGGCUGAGGGAGAUGCUGUCCCUGGUCCGAGGGGAGGUUCUGACUGUGGAGGGAGCCGACCUGCAGCAGCUCAUUAAGAAGCACCAGGAGUACCGCCUCCUGAUUGACAGACAGCUCAGCAAAUCAAAGGCCGUGAAGGAGGAGGGGCGGCGCCUGAUGGACGGCGGACACUUCAUGUCUCAGGAGGUGGAGGAGCGAGUCUGUGAGCUGGAGGAGCUGGAGCUGCGGGUGGAGAAGGUGUGGGAGGAAACCAGAGUCCUGUAUGAGGAGGAGCUGGAGAUUUCCCUCCUGCAGAGGGAGCUGGAGCAGGCGGAGCGCUGGCUGAGCUCCUACGAGAACACACUGAUGGCCGAGGACUACGGGGACUCUGUGUCGGAUGUCAUGGAGCUGCUGAAGAGGCAGGAGGACCUGGAGGCCAUGAUCCAGGCCCAGAGCGACCGCUUCAUCGCCCUGCAGAAGAAGAAGACACAGAGGGAGAAGAGACUGGGUCUUCAUGGACAUGAGGACCUGGACCUGGAGGACAGAAAGCCUCCAGCCAGAGUUUCUUCCCUGAGGAGGAAACCUUCAGAUCCAACAGGCCCGCGGAUCUCCUCCUCCAGAGACCUCAUCCACCGACUCAGCGGCAGGAGGCCGGACAGGACCAUCAGAUCCAGCACCCUGGACAAGAAAACCAGUCUCACAGACUCUGCUGGUACCCCACCCAGCCUGUCCCUCCACCUGGACUCAGACUCCAGGAAUUGCUUCAGUGGCAGCAGGAAGUCUGAGAGACGGGAGGCAGGAGAAGAAGCUCUCAGUCCUCCUGAUGGUCCCAGGUCCGGCCCGGCUGCAAAGCCUCGGAGGAGUCGAACCAGCCACUCAGACGGGACUCUUGAUGGUCCCCUCAGAUCACCUGACUCCACCUCUUCAAGACGUCCUCAGUCACCUCCACCCUCCCCCAAACGUUCCUCCUCUGCUCAAACCUCCUCUUCAUCUGAUGAGGCUCCUGAGGGAGACCACCAUCCUGAACCUCCUUCCUCCCCUCUGACCUCCGUCUCCUCUUCAUCUAAACAGACUCCUGAGGAAGAUCGUGGUCCCACCUCCGUCCCACCCUCCUCCCCCAAACCUCCCUCCUCCCCUCCGUCCUCCAUCUCCUCUUCAUCGAAAGACACUCUUGAUAAAAAACGUCGUCCCAGAUCCAAACCUCCUCUGGCUCCAAAGCCCAGAAUCCCUCCUGCAGAGCAGGAUCCACUGAUCCAGUUGGAGAAGUCCACAGCACCACCCGACUCUCCUCCACUGAUCAGACAGCUCGUUGCGCCCACUGAAGCUCCGCCUCCACCUCCACCCGUCACACAGAGAACAAAGCGAGGACUCCACAGCCGGCAGUCGUCGACCAGAGAGCAUCAUGAUGUUGCUGAUUCUCCACCUGCUGCCACUGAGGUUACACCACCUGACCCCUCGACUGCUGCACCAAUCACAGAGGAGGAACCUGGGUCAGCUGAUCCCUCUCCUCCAACCGGAGAGCUGCCUCCAUCUCCUCCACCUCGACAGAAGACGACAGAAGAUGCACCAGAAGAAGAAGCCGGCCUCCCCAGCUCCACACCAGAGGUCACAGCCAUGCAGCCAAUCAGAAUGGAGGGAAUGCUGGAGAUCAAACUGAAACAAGGAGGCAACAAGGGUCCGGACCACUGGGAGGAGGUGUUUGCAGUUCUGACAGGAGAGACGCUCAGCUUGUUUAAAGACAGAGCAGCUGCUGCACAGAGAACCUCUCGGUGGCCUCCGAUCAGCCUGGUCGGAGCUGUUUGCAGGGAGAACGUUCUGUACAGGAGGAAGGAGAACACCAUCAGACUGACUCUGGAGGACGGCAGUCAGUAUCUGUUCGCAGCGUCCAGCAGAGAACUGCAGCUCCUGUGGAUGAAGAAGCUCCAGAAGUGCAGCGAGACAUCCAGCAGCGACUCGGAUGACUCGGGGAGGGCGUCUUCAGUCAACCUCAGCCUGGAGAAGUUAGCCGAGGCUCCGGACGAUCCCAGCAAACCAGCCGACAGGCGAGGUGAGAGCCUGGAGAGACAAUCAUCCACGGAGGGGUUACCUCCACCCAAACCCCCCCACACAUACUACAACCGCCACCGCUACCCCGAGGAGGCCGAGGGCGGGAGCGCAGAGACGCCGAGCGAUCGCAUCCAGCCUCCGUCAGGUCCUCCGUCAGGUCCUCCGUCAGAACCUCCUCCUACACCGCCCGACACCCAGGACGCCCCCGCCGGCGCCCCCCAGGUAACUGACGACAACGGCAACAAGUCGAGGAGGAGCGUCUUCAGGAAGUUCUUCUCCAAGAAGUAAAGUUUGACUGAUUCAGCAUCUUCACUCGGCCACGUUAACGUCUCCAGAGACGAAAGAAUCACAUCAGCGCAGAUUUAAUAACCAGACACGACGCUGGAGGACGAGUCGACGCAUCAUCACGUGCAAACCUCAAAUCAAAAAAUCAUAAAUCAAAAAUUGAUCACGAUCAUAAAAGUAGAAACAGAGAAAAUGAAACAGAUUCAGAGUCGUUGUUCAGGACAUGAUGUUCCUGAUCCUGAUAGAAAAUCACAUCCAUCAAAAUCAAACCGUCUCCACGUCUGACGAGACGAUGCAGCCGUGCAGGCGACAGCAGAAUGUUUCCUCUGAUCGACGAGCAGCUUCACUUCCUGUUCCACAGAGUUAAUGAAGCGUCUGAAGCCGACGCGUUCGCUCGGCUACUCGUAGAGUCACGAUCAAUAACGAGUGUGACGGAGUGAAACUACGAGACAUUUACUGACUCAGAGCUUCUAGUCAAAGCUGAUUGAUCGAUUGACAGAAAAUUGGUUGCUGACUAUUUUAAUAAUCGAUUAUUUCAGUUAUUUUUCAAACUUCUGAUGCUUUUCUGUUCUGUUCUGUUCUGUUCUGUUCGUUUUGUUCUGUUCUGUUCGUUUUGUUCUGUUCCGUUCUGUUCUGUUCGUUUUGUUCUGUUCCGUUCUGUUCUGUUCGUUUUGUUCUGUUCCGUUCUGUUCGUUCUGUUGGACCGAGCAGUGUUCACAAAUCUUUCUGCACUUUACAGACGUAACGAUUAAUCAGUUAAUCAUGAAAGUGACGGUGAGUUUCAGCACUGUUUGAUUGUCAAGUGACUCUCUAGGUUGAAGCUGCGGUUCUGGUCCAGUUGUGUUGGUGGACCUGUUUACAUGCAGUACUACAGUUAUCACUGUUGUUCUGGAUGAGACGAUAUUCAGACUAAGAAGUUUAUUUGGUGAAUAAACAUUAAUAUUCCUGUUCAGUCGCAGCGGGUCGACCCGGGUCGGUGCCUUGACAUCACGUGUUUCUGCUUCUUUGCAUCAAAUUUGGAUCUUUUGAAAGUUUGUUUGACUCAAACUUCCAUCUGUCGCCCGUCCAGACUCCUUCUAGAACAGUCGGCGCUGUUCAGGUCCAAGUUUGAUGUUUACAAGUAGGAAGUGAACUGUGGACUUUAGUUCUGAGCAGCGUCUCUACAUGAGACACACUGAUACACCCGACCCGUAUCAGUCUGAAGGGUCACACAGUCAGACACCCCUGCUGACCAGAACCAAACAGAAAAGAGGAACACGGGUCAGACUUUGAGGUUCUGAGACAGGAACUGAUCCUGAUGAGCUCAGAGUCCUGCAGCAGGAGUUUUCUCACUUUCUCCAGUAAAAUGUUCUGGUGAUUCUUCUGGAGCUGCGGUUCUGACCGUGUUUAUAUCGAUGCAUCGGAUCGCUUUGAAAAAUCUAGUUAUUUAUCCAGAAUUUACAGCAAGCCUCGUGUCACCUCGUGUGUGAAGAGUUGAACUGGAUCAGAACACAUUUGUGACUCCUCAGCCCGUCUAAAGAGAUGAACUCUGCUGUUUGUGGAGAAGUUUAUUUAUUAAUGAGCGACGGAUCCAAACACAUGGAGACUGAUCGUGUCAUUCAAUCAGAUCAAUACGUCGAUCAUUAGAGAUAACGAGCCAGACGAAGACUUCAGACUUCAAACACGUCGUCAGUUUGUCAAAUUAAAGUCAAUUGAGGUGUUUGAGUCAGAAACACGUGACGUCACAUCAGGACAAUAUUAUUUAAAUUGAAGCUUGAGAUAUUUUCUGUUAACUAAUAACCUCAUUCAUUGAUCUCAUUGAUUACUGUGACAUUCUGCGCUGUGUUUACAAUGUUGUGGAUGAUAAAAACCUUCAGAAGAAAUAAACUCAUUAAUCUGA